AAGAAGAAGCAACUCUUCCGGGUUGGAGACAGAGGCGCCAAAAACGAAAUACUAUAUCGGUUUACCUCACGCCAGCAUUCCACGUGUGGAGUUGUUUUAUUGUCUCGCAUUUAUGUGAACAUUCGCUCUUCGAAAAUGGACCUCAAGUCGGAGUUUUUCGCCAAGUUGAAGAAGUUGUGUCAGACGCUGGAAACGGAGACGGCCCAGCUACAGCAGACCUUCAACUAUCGCCAUGACAAUACAGACUGCGAAGCAGCAGCGAAAGGCAUGCGAGUCUGUCACGACGUAAACUGUGAUGUUUUGGGCCUCAAGGGUCAGCUGCAAGAUGAGCUGAGUAAGCAGAAAGCACACAAAACAGACACGGACUCCUUCAUCCACGCCUGCAGGGCCAUGCAGAGCAAGGUCGCCCACGAUGUGCGUGAGCUCACGGCACACUUUGAAGAUUACGGAGACCAAAAUUCCACAGAUGGAUGCCCGUCUCACGCCGAAGACGCAACAAUGGAGGAAGAGUCGGCUGACAACGAGGAGGAGGAGGAGGACGACAAUGAACACACUGAGCAGGAAGAAGAAGUAGAAGAAGAAGAAGAAGUGGCAGAGGAUUGCAGCAAUUUGCCGACGUCGCCUCUGGCCGCGGUGCCUGCGGACCCAUUGAGCACACCCAAGUUGUCCGAUUUUGGCCUGUGCGAGCUCUAUCUCCACCAGAGGUUUUCAGAGUGCGGCCAGCAGCCCACCAUGCCCGAGCUGAGCCUCCCCCGCCGGGAUGUGCCCACGCCGCUACCGCCCACGCCCAGGUGCGCACUGCGCAUGGAUGAGGAUGAGCUGCGCACGCCGCAAAUGAGAGACUUGGGCCUGUCCGAGGACACCAUGUGUUUCAACGACUUCACCAUGGAGCUCUUCAAGAAGACGGCUGACAAAAGGCAAGCACAGGAUCCCCAAGCCCUGCCAGUGCCUGCUUUGACUGAAAGUCUACAAGAAGAAGAAAAUGUGAAGUCUCCUGAACCGCCUGUAUUCUGCACGCCGGGGUUCAAGAUCAAAAAAACAAACGGCCAUCGCUCCCCGCCGUCACGUAUGCCCGAGGGUGACGCCCCAUCUCCGAGCGCCGCCGAUCAGCUGCCCCUGACCCCCAAAGUGCCGGCCUUCCAAACUCCGUCUUUGAAACGUCUGCUCGGCAGCAAAACGCGUGAGCCCCCGGUCGCCGAAAGCAAGGACAGCCGCUCCAUGCCACUCCUGGAGACGCCUCGCGACGGUUCCGUCGUCGGCCGCCGCGCGUGGGAAUACGACGUGCCGGAAUUGCGCAUCCCAGGCGUGCAGGAGAGUGCGGACUUGGACGAAGCCACGCCGGACUUCCACCUUAGCCCCCCUCGAGCCACGAGGGACAUCUACGAGAUCAGCACCCCCGAGAUGCCAGAUCUGAGCUCCAUCACGCAGGACAUCUGCAAGCUCGUGUUGCAGUCUCAAAAACCGCCGAAAAAAGAACGCAAAAGCAGAUGUAUGAAUGCCGUGUCCAAGCAGGAGUUUCACAGCUUGCCGGCCUGGUUGAAGCAGAUUACGUUGAACAACCUCAACCGGGCGGUCCACAACAUCAACCAGUACUUGGUCCAGUGUCCAGGGGAGGACACGCGGGAGUUUGGGAUGGAGGAGCUGAAGAAGAUAACGGACGCGGGCAUCAAGGCGCCAGUCUACUUGCUGUGCUUGAGCGAGCUGAGGAGGCUGGAGCACGUGGAAGGAGUGCGAAACAGCGCCAUCUACAAGCUCAACUUGUGCAGCUGAGUGUUGAACUGCCCAUGAGUGACACCUCAUUCAUACACACACACACGAUCGCACUUCUUAAGCCUCGAGAGCAGCGUCGUUUGCACUUUUACGCCUAGCAAAUGUCCAAAUAGAAUAAAAUGCACCUCUGUAU